AAACACUCGACUUCAGGAGAAAAAUGAAUAUUCUACCUAAAAAGAGCUGGCAUGUUCGCAACAAGGACAACGUCGCUCGCGUGCGUCGAGACGAGGCACAAGCCGCAGAAGAGGAGCGAGAGGUCCAACGUCGUGUGGAGCGAGCAGAGCAGGAGGCACGAACAGAGCACCUGAGACAGAAGUCACGAGCUGCACUUCAACAGUCUGGAGGAUGGAAGGAUGAAGGAGAGGGAGGUGAGAGAGGAGGGGAGGGGAGUGGAGGAGUGGUGGAACACCUCAAUCUAUUUCCUCUGGAGGAGUCGUCUGAGAAGAAAGGAAACGCAGAGUACCUCAAAGACCAGAAAGAUGAAAAGGAGCGUGAGGAGCGUGCUAUUGGUCUGCUAGUGUCCCUAGGCCCCCAACCUGGGACAGAGGUAACUCCAUGGUACAUGAAAACAGGCCAUGAAGAAGAGAAAGACGAAGAAAAGGAGAAAGAGAAAGACAACAAAGGAAAGAGACUGCCACUCAGUCAAGAGGAGAAGGAGAAGAGAGACAGACGACUGAAAGACAUGCUGGACCCCUUGAAAGAGAUGAAGAAAGCACUGGCGGUGAAGGAUAGAAAAGAACAUAAGAGUAAGAAGAAGGAGAAGAGGGAUAGAGGGGAGAGGAGAAGCAGUGGUGGAGAAAGCUCUAUUGAAAGGUUGCGAGCGGAGCGACUGCAGAGAGAGGCGGAGGAGAAGAGGAGAGCCCAGGCCUUGCUGGACCAGAAGAAUGGAACAGGGAAAGAGAAGGAGCGACCAAGGGAGACAGAGGAGAGGGAAAUGCCGUACAACAGUGCUUAUUUCCCAGAGCUGGCCCGCAAGAGGCAGAGGAAAGACCGCAAUGCCUGGAGAGAUGGUAUCUUUUGAAGUCAUACAUCAUGCAGUCUCAUUAUUUGGGCAACAGACACAGAACAUUGAGGCAUUCAAGAUACAUUUAUUAGUAUUUGAAAGACACCGAAGACGUCGACAAGGACUAGAGAGCCUGGAAGGUUAUUCAGUUGUAUUGUUGUGAAAUGUGAGCCAGUGCUUUUAGCUUAUUCUUGCAGUAACAUGGAGUUAUGCGUGUAGGCAUACACUGUAGGUUGUUGAACUAGUGAAGAUGUGUACAAAAAUAGCAAAAAACUAGGCUAUCCUGAGUAUCCUAAGCAGACGUAUUGAUGAUUGUUGUCAUUGAAUGAUCAAUGUUAUUUCUAAUGAGGUAGAAAAAGAAAGGAAACCAAUCAAGAGAUUUGGGACAGCUGAGUGUAGUGUUGGUGUCUGUCUGGCACCCUGCUCAAGUGUGAGACAAUACAGAGAUCAUUUUGCUCCACAACACAAGACCACUGUUCAAGUUGGACUGUGUUUGAUGUUUUACUAUUGAUGGCAACAUUGUGUCACAAAUGUAAUUGUGUCUAUUCAAGUCUCAUGUCUUUUUUGUUUCUGAUAAUAGCAUGUGCCAAUUUAGGAGGAGUGUGUGUACAUGCAUCUGUUCUAUUUAACAAGCUGAUGCAGUUUAGGGUGGUUGGCUCAACUAUUAUUGCACAUUUUCCAUUUCAAUUAAUUCAAUAAAAAUGUUAGGCCUGCCAAAUA